AGCACCAGAGAGAUGGGGUCAUGCCAAGCCAAGAACACCACGGUGCGUGAGAAGCAAGUGGUGCUUCCCUCAGGUGCCCAUUCCUCUUUUCCACAAGGCUGGCAGAUGUGAAGAUCUGAAAGUAAAGAUAAGGUUUCUGAGAGCCAGGAAGAAAAAGAAAUCCCAGGUGGAUUUCCUGAGAGGUGGCCUUGUGGUUAAAUACAGGGGCUUUGGCGCCCCCUCUUCACGAAGAGGGCGAGGGUGGGGUUUUGCAUAAUGUAAAUAGGGCCCUGGGUGUGAUUGCAAAGCUUCUCAAACAACCUGAGCCUAGACCGGGAGGGCUGAAGUUCUUAAUGUGCUGCAGAGGCCGGCCGGGAGAGGGCGCCAGCAGCUCUUCACGUCUUACUCUGGGGGCGGGGCGACGUAAUCUCGCGAGAUUGGCACGUCGGGGGCGUUCCGGGCCAAGCAUGGCGGACUCAGAGGUGCUGCUCAGGCGGGUUCCGAGCCGCUCCUCUUGGCAGCGGGUUCGCAAGGCCCGGCCCCACCUCCUCCUCAGUCGUCGGGGCCGUCGCCGGUUUGGGGUCCUGACCCGGGGCGAGCUGCGGCGCCUGCGACGGCGGCUGCUGCGGGCCCACGCCUUGGGCGGGGACUGGAAGGUGGGUGUCACCGCGGGCUCGCACGUGGCAGGAAAGUGCAAGGUCCGGACCCGCAGCCGGCCCACGCCGGGCAGUCUGCCCACGCCCCGCAACCAGCCCGCGCCCCGCAGCCAGCCCACGCCACGCAGCCAGCCUGCGCCCCGCAACCAGCCCGCGCCCCGCAGCCAGCCCGCGCGCCGUGUCCAAACCCUGUCAUCGAACGUCACCCAACCCACGCGGGACUUAGGCUCGGGCCGUGUGUUGUUGCUGCUGCCAGCCGGGGAGGGCUUUACUUUUAGUGGGAUCUGCCGGGUGACUUGCAUCUAUGGCCAGGUGGAAAUAUAUGGCCAUAUCGUCAAACAGGGCCAGCCUGCCCGAGAUGUCUUCUCUGCCUAUACCCACUCUUACCUGACCAUCAGUGGGGUUCGGUACUCAGAACCUGAGAAGAGUGAGAAGGAGAUGAGAAGAGAGCUGCGGACUCUGCUCAAGCCUCACAUGAAACUGGAUGACAGAAACUGGGUAGUCCAGUAUUUCCCUCCUCUGGGCUCCAUUCUGCUGCUCGAGCAGCUGAGGACCCCCGCUGUGGACUUCAUGAGCUCCUAUAAGUGUGCAUCUUACGUCUUCCUGCAGGAGAAUACUCCUGUGCGGAUUAAUUCUGAGUAUAUAACUUUGAAGACGAUUGGUAUCAGAAGACAGAGGAAGAAGAAAGGCAUCUGUCUGAAUGAGAGCGGCCUUUGUGCUCUAGACGAGCUAGUCAGCGCAUCCUGUGUAGAUGGCUGCCCUGUCAUCCUGUUGUGUGGCGCUUGUGACACUGGAAAGUCAACGUUCAGUAGAAUACUGAUUAACCAGUUAUUGAAUAGCCUUCCUGGAGUUGACUAUCUGGAAUGUGACCUGGGGCAGACAGAGUUUACUCCUCCUGGCUGCAUUGCUUUACUUAACAUUACAGAACCACUGCUGGGACCACCUUACACCCACCCGAGGAGGCCACAGAGGAUGGUGUACUACGGGAAGAUGAAUUGUCAUAAUGACUAUGAGAAUUACAUCGAAAUAAUAAAAUACGUGUUCAGAGAUUACAAGAGAGAGUCCCCACUUAUCAUCAACACAAUGGGCUGGGUGAAAGAUGACGGACUGCUGCUGCUGGUUGACCUGAUCCGAUUGUUAUCUCCCAACUAUGUUGUUCAGUUGUCUACUGGCCGGGGAAGGUUGAUGCCCGCUCUGACCUCAGAAUACGUGGAGCUCACAGAUGGCCUGUAUACAAAAAGCAAGAUCAAAAGGAGACAUCGAGGUUUUGAAAUUGAAGAAUUUGAAGACAGUUUGGAAUUUACUGAGGAAGAGAAAGACUCUAGUCCAGUUCCAGUCUUCACUGGACAUAAGCUGAUGUAUGUCCACUCAGAAUUUUUAUGUGACAAAAAUGAAAAAAAUAGGGCCAAAUACAACAAAAUCUUCCGAGAUCUGGCAGUGUUGGGUUACCUUAGCCAGCUGAUGCCUCCUGUGCCAGGGCCACUUAGUCCUCUGCACAGCCUCACACCGUACCAGGUCCCCUUCAGUGCAGUUGCUGUCCGGAUCACUCAUGCUGAUGUUGCCCCUGCCCACAUACUGUACGCCGUGAAUGCCAGCUGGGUUGGCCUUUGCAAGAUCCUGGAUGAUAUGAAAGGAUACACUCGGGGGCCCAUCCUGCUUGCCCAGAACCCCAUAUGUGACUGUUUGGGCUUUGGCAUCUGCAGAGGCAUUGACAUGGACCAGCGGCUGUACCACAUCCUCACCCCUUUGCCUCCAGAAGAGUUGAAAACUGUGAACUGUCUGCUGAUUGGUGCCAUUACUGUUCCACAUUGUAUUUUCAAGAACCAGCCUGGGCCCGAAGGGACAAUUCCUUACAUCACCACGGAUUAUAACUUUAAACUUCCUGGAGCCUCGGAAAAAAUUGGAGAAAGAGAGUAUGGAAAUGCAUUUCUUGGGUACAGAGCCUAUAAAAAAAGAAAAUAAAGCCUUGCUAUAGACAGAGCCUUUCUCCCUGGGAACCUUGUCCUCAAGCCCCGAGGCAGCAGGCUUAGUGGGGCUUUGUGGCUGUGAGCAGCAAACUCAUGUCCAGUGUUGAUGUGACUGGACAAUGUGCUGCGUAGGAAAUAGCUUUUUUCUUUUCUCUAAGACAGGGUCUCCUGUCUCUGUCAUCCAAGUGUGGCAUUACAGGCCUAUGUCACCACACCCGGCUUUCAGGCUUUUCUCCUCAGUUGUUUGAUCUCAAAUUUGGCCUGGACUUCUUCACGACUGGCUGUCCCAGGUGAGUGGAGCAUUUCCUUCAGAGCUGUGGAGCAGCAAGGAAGGCUGUGCUCGUCGUCAGACAGGAAGUGCACGGCUCUCUCACUUCGCGGCCCAAGGACCUGACUGUCGGACUCGAGAUAAAAUUCAGGAAACCAGGGCCACAAAAAUGUGCCACAUCCAGGCGGUGGUGGCGCAGACCUUUAAUCCCAGCACUCGGUCGGGAGGCAGAGCCAGGCGGAUCUCUGUGAGUUCGAGGCCAGCCUGGCCUAGAGUGAGAUCCAGGACAGGCACCAAAACUACAGAGAAACCCUGUCUCACCCCCCCCCCCCCCCCAAAAAAAGUGCCGCUAACCAGGGCAGCAGGCUGACCCAGCAGUUCUCCGGUGCAGUGCAUGGCCGCCGAGGUCCUGGGCAGAAUGUGUGGACCUUACCAGUGAGGUGAGAUGACGCAGAUGCCUGAUCCUUGGAUGCCGUUGACUCUCCCAAUCAUGUUGUCAAGGGUUAGAGGACUGUAUUGGGUCUGUUAGUUUCUGGGUCAUUUUAAUCAUGAGACUUUAUGUUGAAGAAGUUGCUCUGACAUCCAGAAAGCCUCCAGAAGGUUCCUUAAGUCUAGGAAUGCUCUGACUGACUCCUCCGUUGAGGCUGGACACACUGCCACGGGGCCACCAGCCUAUGGACAGACACAUUUGUGCCUGGCUUGGACAAACCUUUGCUACCAGCGCUUUCUUCUAGGGACCAGGAGGCCACGCAGGUACCAUUUUUCCUAGUGGAUUUUGUAAUUAGAAGUGACUCUGUCAGGUCACUUUUGUGGUUGAAAAAACAAGCCACUGAGCAACUUCUCAAGUUGGCGUGACCGACAUGUCAGGACUCCACCUUCCAGCAGGAUCAUGUUCAAAGACCAUUCGAGGCUGUGGAAGGUUUAAUGUUUAUGUUCACGUACACCAUUGAUUAUCUCCAUCUUGUCUGUAACCAUAGCACCCUGAGUGUUCCUGGUCUUGUCUGCUUGGCCCCAUCUUUGUGACUCUGUUCGGUGCCCUCGGCAUUUGAAAAACCCAUUAGAGACAGAACAGCAGCGGCCAGCCACUUAACUAGCUGUCCCUUAUUUAUGUCUAACUUUAGCUUGUGUCUUUCUGUGUGGUGGGGAGGGGGCUCUUAUCAUGUUGCCCAAGCAGGUCUCUGGCUCCGUUGCUCUCCCUCUUCUGAGUGCUGAGAUCACAGGUGCAGUUAGCCUAGUACCACCCCUCUUCCUGCGUUCCCCAGGUCUUCCUGUCUUCACAAGAAUAAAGAUCCUGAAAUGCCGGCCUCCCUUUUGCAUUUUUCAUAAAGGUGUGCUUUUAGGUGACCUUCACUUACCCGGAGAGACCCAGUGUCAGCAGUAGAGGGAGCUGUGGGCAUUGGGCAGGUGGCUGGGAGGAGCAUUUAGAACAGGAUUACUGGAGAGAGGUCUUGCUGUGGAACCCCGGCUUAGGUAAGACCUGCACCAAAGUGUCUUGUCCAUGUGAUUAUGGUGUCAGGGCAUUUGGGGCAAGGAAGAGAUUGGACUCAUGCCAUCUUUUUGGGGGGUUUGUUUUUGUUUUGAGACAGGAUCUUGCAAUAAACAGUCUGACCUCAGACUCACGCACGAUCCUCCUGCCUUACUUUCCAAGGGUUGGGAUUGCAGGUGUGUUUGGUGUAACAGACACUUGUCUUAAGUGACUCUUCUUGUGUAGCCUGUCUGGAAGGUGAGCAUCAAGGUUUUGUCCCUCCUGAAGGCUGGGAAUGGUGUGGACAUAAAUGUCAGGACACAACUAUCUGUCAGGCUUCCCUUCAGUUCAGUCCUGUUGCCAUGUGUCUUUGUGAAAGUGCACUGAUGAGUUACAUCUUCAGAAGCCCCUGCAUACUGCUUUUAAAAUUGUCUAUGUCCAUGUAGAAAACAGCCCUUCAGUGUCCACUGCGUAGGUGGACACUGUGAAUCCUGUGAACAUCAUAUCUGACUCUUGAGUUUAAAAAUAAUUCCCCACUGUGUGUGAUUUCUGCCAUCUCCAUUUGCUAUGAACUUGAUCAUUAAAAUUUUUGAGAACAUCA